GGAAUCCCGCCCCGCCCCUCCCGCGCGGCGCAAACAUGGCGGCGGCUGGCACCGGCCGGUGAGGCGGUACCGGGAGGAGGCUGUCGGGUGUCAUGGGCGGUGGCGGCGGCACCGCCCCCGCAUCUCCCUGAGCGGGACGGUUGGGGGGGCCUCCGUGCCGAGCCGGGCGAUGGACGAGAGCGGAGAGCUGGGCGGUCUGGAGACCAUGGAGACGCUCACAGAGCUGGGCGACGAGCUGACCCUGGGGGACAUCGACGAGAUGCUGCAGUUCGUCAGCAAUCAAGUUGGAGAGUUCCCUGACUUGUUCUCAGAGCAGCUGUGUAGCUCCUUCCCCGGUGGUGGCGGUGGCGGCGGUGGCGGUGGCGGAGGCAGCGGGGGCAGCAGCGGCGGCAGCAGCAGCAAUGGGGGGGCCGGAGCGGGGGACCCCUCGAUGCAGCAGCGGUCCUUCAGCCAGGUCCCUCUGCCUGCCUUCUCUCCCUCGGCCGCCUCCCCCCAGGCGCCAGCCCUGCAAGUCAAGGUCCCCCCCAGCACGGUGCCCACCCCGCCUCGGGCCGCUCCCGUGCUCCAGCCUCGCCCCCAGCCCCCGCCGCCGCCCCCCGCGCAGCUGCCACCGCAGACAGUGAUGAUCACCCCGACAUUCAGCACCGCUCCCCAGACCAGGAUCAUCCAGCAGCCUUUGCUGUACCAGAACGCAGCCACCAGCUUCCAAGUUCUUCAGCCUCAAGUCCAAAGCCUGGUGACAUCCUCCCAGGUGCAGCCGGUCACCAUCCAGCAGCAGGUGCAGACGGUGCAGGCCCAGCGGGUGCUGACGCAGACGGCCAAUGGCACGCUGCAGACGCUCGCCCCGGCCACGGUGCAGACGGUCGCCGCCCCCCAGGUGCAGCAGGUCCCGGUCCUGGUUCAGCCUCAGAUCAUCAAGACAGAUUCCCUUGUUUUGACCACACUAAAGACAGAUGGCAGCCCUGUCAUGGCCGCGGUCCAGAACCCAGCCCUCACCGCCCUCACCACCCCCAUCCAGACAGCUGCCCUUCAAGUACCAACUCUGGUGGGCAGCAGUGGGACCAUUUUGACCACAAUGCCUGUGAUGAUGGGGCAGGAGAAAGUGCCCAUUAAGCAGGUGCCUGGGGGGGUCAAGCAACUGGAGCCCCCCAAAGAAGGAGAAAGGCGAACGACCCACAACAUCAUCGAGAAACGGUACCGCUCCUCUAUCAAUGACAAAAUCAUCGAGUUGAAGGACCUGGUCAUGGGGACAGAUGCCAAGAUGCACAAGUCUGGCGUCCUGAGGAAGGCCAUCGACUACAUCAAGUACUUGCAGCAGGUCAAUCAUAAACUGCGCCAGGAGAACAUGGUGCUGAAGCUGGCGAAUCAGAAAAACAAGCUCCUGAAGGGCAUCGACCUAGGCAGCCUGGUGGACAAUGACGUGGAGCUGAAGAUUGAUGACUUUAAUCAGAAUGUCCUUCUGAUGUCCCCUCCGGCCUCUGACUCGGGGUCCCAAGCUGGCUUCUCCCCUUACUCCAUCGACUCGGAGCCAGGAAGCCCUUUGUUGGAUGAUGCAAAGGUCAAGGAUGAGCCGGACUCUCCGCCAGUAGCGCUGGGCAUGGUGGAUCGCUCUCGAAUUCUACUGUGUGUCCUCACCUUCCUCUGCCUCUCCUUCAACCCCCUGACCGCCCUGCUGCAGUGGGGAGGGGCCCACGGCUCUGACCAGCACCCGUACUCAGGCUCCGGCCGCAGCAUCCUGUCCCUUGAGUCAGGUUCUGGAGGCUGGUUUGACUGGAUGAUGCCAACACUCCUCUUAUGGCUGGUGAAUGGUGUGAUCGUCCUGAGCGUCUUCGUGAAGCUGCUGGUCCACGGGGAACCGGUGAUCCGGCCCCAUUCACGCCCCUCGGUCACCUUCUGGAGACAUCGGAAGCAGGCAGAUCUGGACCUCGCCAGGGGGGAUUUUGCAGCCGCCGCGGCCAACCUGCAGACCUGCCUGUCAGUGCUGGGCCGGGCCCUGCCCACAUCCCGCCUGGACCUGGCCUGCAGCCUCUCCUGGAACGUGAUUCGCUACAGCCUACAGAAGCUGCGCCUGGUGCGCUGGCUGCUGAGGAAGGUCUUCCAGCGCCGGCGGGCCGCCCCUCCGGCCACCGCGGCGGGCUUCGAGGACGAAGCGAAGGCCAGCGCCCGGGACGCGGCCCUGGCCUACCACAGGCUGCACCAGCUGCACAUCACAGGGAAGCUUCCUGCAGGGUCUGCCUGCUCUGAUGUACACAUGGCUUUGUGCGCCGUGAACUUGGCCGAAUGCGCAGAAGAGAAAAUCCCACCGAGCACGUUGGUUGAGAUCCAUCUGACGGCGGCUAUGGGGCUCAAGACCCGGUGUGGGGGCAAGCUAGGCUUCCUGGCGAGCUACUUCCUUAGUAGAGCCCAGAGCCUGUGUGGCCCAGAGCGCAGCGCAGUCCCCGACUCACUGCGCUGGCUGUGUCACCCCCUGGGCCAGAAGUUUUUCAUGGAGCGGAGCUGGUCGGUGAAGUCGGCUGCCAAGGAGAGCCUCUACUGUGCUCAGAGGAACCCAGCGGACCCCAUUGCCCAGGUCCACCAGGCGUUCUGCAGGAACCUGCUGGAGCGAGCUGUGGAGUCGCUGGUGAAGCCUCAGGCCAAGAAGAAGGCUGGAGACCAGGACGAAGAAAGCUGUGAAUUUUCUAAUGCUCUGGAGUACCUGAAAUUACUUAAUUCUUUUGUGGACUCCGUGGGGAUUGUGACCCCGCCCUUCUCCAGCAGCUCCGUGCUCAAGUCAGCCCUUGGUCCAGAUGUCAUCUGUCGGUGGUGGACGUCUGCCAUCACGGUGGCCAUCAGCUGGCUCCAGGGAGACGACGCGGCUGUACGAACUCAUUUUACUGAAGUAGAGCGUGUCCCCAAAGCCCUGGAAGUGACAGAGAGCCCUCUGGUGAAGGCCGUCUUGCACACCUGCAGAGCCAUGCACACCUCACUCUCUGGGAAGGCAGAUGGGUCUCAGAGUGCCUUCUGCCACUGCGAGCGGGCCAGCGGCCACCUCUGGAGCAGCCUCAACGUGAGCGGGGCCACCGGCGACCUCCCCCUCAACCACGUGGUCCAGCUGCUGACCUGUGACCUGCUGCUGUCGCUGAGGACGGCUCUCUGGCAGAAGCAGGCGGGAGCCAGCCAGGCCCUGGGCGAGACAUACCACGCGUCGGGGGCUGAACUGGCCGGUUUCCAGCGGGACCUGGGCAGCCUGCGCCGGCUGGCUCAUGGCUUCCGCCCAGCCUACCGCAAGGUGUUCCUGCAUGAAGCCACCGUGCGCCUGAUGGCGGGAGCCAGCCCCACCCGCACGCACCAGCUGCUGGAGCACAGUCUGCGCCGGCGCACAUCCCAGAGCACCAAGCAUGGAGAGGUGGACGCCUGGCCCGGCCAGCGAGAGCGGGCCACCGCCAUCCUGCUGGCCUGCCGCCACCUUCCCCUGUCCUUCCUGUCCUCUCCGGGCCAGCGGGCGGUGCUGCUGGCCGAGGCGGCCCGCACCCUGGAGAAGGCGGGUGAUCGGCGCUCGUGCAACGACUGCCAGCAAAUGAUUGUCAAGUUGGGGGGCGGCACAGCUAUUGCCGCCUCCUGACCCCCGGCCUCGCCCACGGCAGCCCCCCUGCCCCCUCGCCCUCCUCCCUCUGUCUCCGGGGUCUCUCUCCCUGCCCUCCGUCUAGCUGUCUCUCUCCCUGCUCCCUCUGGGAACUGUGGGGUGAGCCUGGUCUCCUGAGCUGUCACCUGCCGAGGCAUUGGACCACCUCAACCUGGUAGGCCCCUGGGGCCGAGCCCCAGAAUCUGCUGCGGAGAGAGGCCCGUGGUCCAGGAGUCCAUAGGUCUGGGAGAGGAAAGCCUGGGGAGCUCCCUGACCUGAAAGCAGCGGGGGGGCUCCCAGUGUGCUCGGCCUUCGCCUCCGGCCCUCCGCCCUCCCCAGCUCUGCUCUCCCCGAACAUCCCCCUUUCCUGCUGCUUGUUUUUUAUCAGGCUUUCCCCGUGGGGGACAUAGGUCUCUGGGCACCAGAGCACUUCGCCCUUGGCACUGGGCCCAGCUCGCCCCCUUCCUCCUUUUUAUACAGAUGUUUUUAUAUCCGCGUGCUGGGGUUUGCCGAGACUCGAGACUCGGGGCUGAGCUGCUGCGGCAUCUUGAGUCUGUGUCCCCUCCCCUGUGCCUGACAAAGCCAGUUCGUUGUUCUCUCUUCAUUACACAGGACAGCCAGGGAAGGAGGGAGCCCGGCCCUGGGGAGGCAAGUGGGAGGCAGGGGGCAGGCUUGGGGUUGCAUGAAAUAAUGUCGGCAUUAUUUUUUAAUUUUUUAAAAAAUAAAUGGUAUCUUAUUUAAUUGUCCUGUUCCUUCCCGCUCCCCCACCCCCUGGGACGCCAGCCCAAGUUCAGAGUAGGCCCAGGGGGCUGGAAGAGAUGAAGCUACUCCUUGGGCCUGAGGACCGGGGCCUCCAGUGUGGGCUCUCAACUCCCGCCCUCCCCAGCUCCUACCUCCACUGUCUAUUUUUAUCCCUGACUCUUGACCUGAAAAUAAGCCGGGGUUGCAGGGACCAGCCCCCAGCCCCUCCCCAUCCCUUUCUGGGGAGGACACUAGGACUCAUGCCCCCUGCCUUGACAGGGGCCCUGGGAGGGAAAAGUGCUCCCUUUUCUGGAUGCGCCUGGCUUGGUGCCUCCCCUGAGGCCGUUUCUACCAGGACCCAAGGACUGCCUGAGACCCCAGAGUCCGCUGCAAAGCCGAGAGGGGCUGCCAUCCCUCGCUCCCUGCCUGUGUGGGGGGGUCCAGCUGGGGCGCACACAGCAGGGCUCCCCCUGACUCCAAGUGCAGGCUGGAAUGGCUCAUCUUGGAACCUACCCCCUUUCUGUCUCUGCUGCCCACACACACUCUGAUUUGUGGCCCCUGCCCGCCCCCCCCCCGCCCCGACCCCCAGGUGAGCCAGCCCUUGUGUCAUGUGUAUAUAUCGUGCCUUUUCUCAUUAUUGUUUAGGGGUGGGAGGGGGUGUUUUUUUCACAGAAAAGGGGAUACACCUGUGGUUUCCUUGAUACGAAGUCAUUCACUGUGUCCUGGAUGUAGGUUAUUCAAUAAACACAGAUUGGUACCACCCA